UGAUUUAAUGAUAAAAAAAAAUCCAAAAUCACUGGAUGUGGAUUUGGAAUUUUCAAAAUUUUCUGUUACAGUGAUUUUCGUCAUAAAUUACAGCUCUUUUCGAAUUUCCCAGUGAAUUUGUGAAAUGAUCAAGUCGAAGUAUUGAUAAUCCGAACCUACAAGUCAUCGUAUCUGAUCUUCGAAUUCUAUCUCCCAGUAUUCUAUUUGAAUUACGUAUUUCCAACAUGAGCGAUAAAGAAAGCGAUACGAAGCCGAAGGAUAACGACGUAGCGAGUAAAAGUCGUGUAAUAGUCGAGCAAUCAAACGCAGUCGAAGCCGGAGCCGAACUCAGUGUUUCAAGUUCCGGUGCAGAGGCUUCGAGUACGGUUUCGUUAUCUCCUCAACCGGGUCCAUCUUCGUCCUCCAUAAUGUUUAGCGAUUUGAAAAAAGUACAAUUGAUCUCCGACGAUGAUAUUCAGUAUUUCUUAGAAGAUAAUGCCUAUGCAGUUGUUCCUGUAGCUGAUUGCCCUCACAUGUCGGUCAUCCAACCUUUACCUGUUGCUGAAAUCAAUAUUAAAGCACCUUGUACCCGGUGUGAAUCCACUCAAGAGAAUUGGAUUUGUUUAACGUGUUAUGCGGUUUAUUGUAGUCGUUAUGUGAAUCAGCAUAUGGUGGAACAUACGCAAGCCGCGUCCCAUCCGAUUGCCUUAAGUUUCAGUGAUAUUUCUGUAUGGUGUUACAGUUGUGAUGAUUACGUAGAGAGCGAUGCUCUGCAUCAAGUUAAAAGUGUCGUUCAUCAAGCUAAAUUCGGUAUCCCGUCUUAGGAAAGAUUAUCUAUCAAAUAUGUUUUAGAAAAUACAAACACAGUUCAUUCUUUUUCGUGCUCGUAAUAUUUUUAUUUUGUUUCAUAUUCGAUGUAUCUAUCUUUAUAAUUACGAUCGUUGCUAACUAAUUCGUCAUUUCUUCUCCUAUAUUAUUUUCCUGAAAUCGAACAAUUUUUUUUUUGUUGAACGUUAUUGGAAAUUUACAUCAUUAAACCAUUUUUUGUUCUCUGUGA